GUGAGUCCAGGUGGGUCAGGAGUGGUGAAGUACGGCCUCCCCUCAUUGGCCAACAUCAAGACCAGAGAGUCCUACGUCACCUCAUAUGACCCCCGCACACGCACUGCAUCAUGGGUAAUAGAGAGGCUAAGCUCCGCCUCCCUGAGUGGCCCGUCAGACAGGAAGUACUGCGACUUCAAAGAAGACGACAGUUUGUUUAUUUUCUAUACCCCCCCCAGUGUACACUUGUUCCACAGAGCGACCAACGCUGACUACAGGGGGAGUGGCUUCGACAGAGGUCACCUGGCUGCUGCAGCCAAUCACAAGUGGAGUCAGAAAGCCAUGCAGGACACGUUCUACCUGAGCAACGUCGCUCCACAGAACCCUCACCUGAACCAGAACACCUGGAACAAUCUGGAGAAACUGUCUCGCUCUUUGACCAAACAUUACCUGAAUGUGUAUGUCUGCACUGGACCGCUCUACCUGCCCAGGCAGGAGGCUGAUGGGAAACUCUACGUUCGAUAUCAGGUUUUAGGUCGGAACCACGUUGCCGUUCCGACACACUUCUUCAAGGUGCUGAUCCUGGAGCAGUUGGAUGGUAGAGGGGUGGAGCUUCGCUCGUACGUUUUACCAAAUGAACCAAUAGAUGAGAAGGUUCCUCUGGAGCGGUUCCUGGUUCCCAUAGAAACCAUUGAGAGAGCAUCGGGACUUCUGUUCGUUCCCAACAUCAUGAAGAGGACCAGCAGCCUGCAGGCCAUCACUGCCAGAUGAACUACACUACCCACAAUGCACUGCUGCUCAAUGGCUCAUAGGAUGUGCUUCAGUCAGGUUCUGUGUUCUCGCUGCAAAACCAAGCUGCUCGUCUAAAACUGAUCAUGUGACGUUUGUGUGAAUCUGAAUGUUUGAUAUUUAAAAAAUAAAUUCUGAUUCAUUGAUGAUGAGUUCAGAACUGAUUAUUAAAAACAGAUUUUACUGUUAAUAAAGAUUUCAAAUAUUAA